ACAGGGCUGCAGUUUUCUGAGCAUGACUGGACUCGCAUCACUGAGCCGGGAAGCCCACCUCCUUCCAGUCAGCCCACGAGGAGCGAACCCCAUUUCGGCGGCGGCCCCCUCAGCGCCACUGAAGCUGCCGGGACAGGCGGAGCGGGGGAGGGCACCCCGCGGGGCCGCAGGGCGCCGAUGGCCGCCGCUACCCGGCGGGAGGCGCGCCCGCCUCCCUUCCUCCCGGAGCUGGGCCGCCCCGCCCCGCCCCACCGCUCAGGGUUUCGAUUCUCCGCUGGAGCCCCUCCCCGACACCGCGGCCCGAAACCGAGGGCUAAAUGGCGGACGCAGGGGCGCAAAGCGGGACACCGGGGGGGCCGGGCCCCGCGAAGCUCGAGGACACGAGCGGCUGGCGCUGCCCGGAGCAUAGCGACCGCGUGGUCGAGCUCUUCUGUCGCCGCUGCCGCCGCUGCGUGUGCGCACUCUGCCCGGUGCUGGGCGCGCACCGCGGCCACCCGGUGGGCCUGGCGCUGGACGAGGCGGCGCACGUGCAGCUCUUUCACAUACAGAAACGCAUCCAAGAAUGUUUAAAGCAGUUGGAAGCCAAGAAGCAGCAGCAAGUUGGCAACAUAACCCAGAUAGAAGAAGCUGCCGAGAAGCUCAAGGCUCAUGCAGAGUCGAGUAAAACCUGGCUGACGGGAAAGUUCACUGAACUCAGAUUGCUACUUGAUGAAGAGGAAGUGCUGGCAAAGAAAUUCAUUGAUAAAAACAUGCAGCUUACCCUCCAGGUGUACAGGGAGCAAAUCGAGUCUUGUGGAGAGCAAAUAGACAUCAUGAACAAACUCUCCAGCAGGGUCUGGAGGAUCAGCCAGGAGCCCAGUCCUGUCCAGCUGCUGCAGGAGUACGUGGCCACUGAGCAGCAGAUGCAGCAGCAGAUGAGCCUGGGAGAGCUGUGCUACCCCGUGCCCCUGUCCUUCGAACCCACCAAGAGCUUCUUCAAGGGCCUCGUGGAGGCCAUGCAGAGCAUGUUACAGACACCACUGGACGUUCGCCUCAAGGAAAACAUGAACUGCCAGCUCUCAGGCUCCUCCAGCACCAAGCUAGUUUCCUUGUUGAAAACAAGCCCCUCACCAGAGCGAUCACUCUUCCUAAAAUACGCGCGCACACCCACUCUGGAGCCGGACACCAUGCACUCACGCCUGCGCCUGUCCGCCGACCGCCUGACGGUGCGCUGUGGACUGCUGGGCCGCCUGGGACCCACGCCCGAGCUGCGCUUUGACAAGCUGUGGCAGGUGCUGGGUCGCGACUGCUUCGCCGCCGGACGCCACUACUGGGAAGUGGACGUGCAGGAGGCGGGCGUCGGCUGGUGGGUGGGCGCGGCCUACGCCUCCCUGCGGCGCUGCGGGGCCUCGGCCGCCGCCCGCCUCGGCUGCAAUCGCCAGUCCUGGUGUCUCAAGCGCUACGACCUCGAGUACUGGGCCUUCCACGACGGCCAGCGCAGCCGACUGCGGCCCCGCGACGACCCCGACCGUCUCGGUGUCUUCCUGGAUUACGAGGCCGGCGUCCUCGCCUUCUACGACGUGUCUGGCGGCAUGAGCCACCUGCACACCUUCCGCGCCACUUUCCAGGAGCCGCUCUACCCGGCCCUGCGGCUCUGGGAAGGGGCCAUCAGCAUCUCCAGGCUGCCCUAGGGGCUGAGACUGGAGUGACUGCCCUAGGCCUUCCGCCGCUCUGGUGUCACCCGACCUCGAUGCGGCUGGUCUGCCUGCUCCCUAAGCACGCCUAUCAUCUCCCCCGCCAGUCAUGCACAGGUGCUUUGAAGGUCUCCUCUCCUAGGUUGGUUUCAAACAUGCCCCACACACAGAUCCUCUGCCGGGACUGUCUCAUCGGACCUUCCCACCACCAGGGCACUUACACUACACUGCUUUUAGUCCGGGUGCCACCCACACGUGAGCCCUAAGCAUCCUGACCGUGUCAGAAUACAUUAUCUUUGGCCUCGGACCUCUCCCUCAUACAGCAGUCAGCAAUACCUGGCACUUAGUAGGCACACAAUAAAUAUGUGAGAGUCAUCCAGCUCUUUCUCCCUUAAUGUCCCUUUGAUCUGCCUCCUCCUCUCCACUCUGCUUCAGCUUAUCCAUGUCACUUACCUUCAGAGCAGCUGCAGGAGCAUCUUAACACCUCAUGGCCUGAACCCUCUCCCUGCCUCACCCUUCUUCACUGUAAGGCCAGAGGCAUGUGCCUAAAACUUCGCUUAACCUUCGAACUACCAGGAGGUUCCUAAGGACUACAGGGAGAAAAGCAGGCACUUUCCCUUAGCAUUCAAGGCCUUUCUAGUCUGCCCAGAACUUCUUUAUGCCUCAUCUGGCUUCUACGGCUCUUUUCAGAGACCCUCCAAUUAGAGCUGUCUACACCUUUGCCCUCUGCUACUGGCCCCAUACACUCAUUUAUGCAGAAAAGCCCUUUCAUCUUCCUUUGCCUGUUUCAGCCUUCCCUUGGCUUAACUGCCCCAGGAAGUCUCUCCCCAAGCCACAGGAAUCUCUCUUACUAUUAGAACCACAAGUCUGGGACCUUGCUUUCCAACUAGAUUGGAAGUUUCCCAAGGGCAGCUGUGUCCUACACUCUCCCCACCCUGAAAAGUUCAGAAUGUUCCGUUCCUCCCGGGCAGUGAAUGACCAGCAGCCAGCUAUCAUUGACUCAGCAGUUGAGCUGAGAAGUCCACAUGAACCACCCAGCCUGACCUCACUGUACAUGUGGGGAGAC